AUGAAUAUCGCCCCGGUAACGUCGAAAGCGUUUAGCGCUAUGCAAAAUCUAGAUAUAGCGCAACUGGCUACUUGCAGUCAGCAAGAAAUACGCCCAUUGUUACCCUGCCUGGUGCGGAUGAGCUUGUUGUCACCACUGGACAACACCAAAAGCUGGGCUGAGGCACGCAAGCAAAUUUUGUCGUUGUUAGUAGGAAUCGAAGUGGUAAAUAAUAUCGUAUCGCUGCUACAGGUCAAUUAUCAUGAAUUAGAAAUUGAUGUAAAAAAGGAGCAACAAAUCAGACAAAAAAUUGGAUACACGACGCAAGAUUCGGCACAAUUUCAUAGCCUCCCAAACGGUAUUGUGAUGGGAUUCGAACGGGCUGACGGCACGAACAAAGUUCGUGUAGUCCUGUCUGAACUGUUCUACCUGCAGGCACAAAUCAACGAGAUAGUCACGCAAGCUGCUAUUCAAAAAUCAUCCUCAAAUGAGUUGACGAUUCGUCCCUCUGAGCUGUUUGACAAUGAGAUUUAUCUCGAGGAAAUAGCUGAUAUCAUCUGCAUAGCGCUUGCUGAGCUUCCAUCCCUGUUGAAUCUGCAGGAAGUGAUCGAAACACUUUUGUAUGUACGUAAUGGCUCAAAAAUCGUGUGCUGGAUCGUUGCUAACAUGCCAGAUUGCUUCCGUGAAGUGGUAACUGCGCUAAUAACGAACAGCGAUGAAGAUUCAACCGACGGUCGAGUCAAAUUGGCGGCGUUGUACGAGCUAAGCGAAAUGAAUCCCAGCCAGGCGCUCUCGAUGCGCACUAUCUGUGUGGAAACCGUAAAAAUGCCCUCUUUAAUGAUCAAGCUGAGCCUCAAAGAUCCGCAGAACCUAGUUGCGUUCGUGUCCGGGUUGCUGUUGGGAAACGAUCAGAACAUUCGAUCAAGCUUCGCGCUCUACAUCCGCACUAGUCAGAAACGCAAAGGAGAUGUGCUACAUCAGCUACGGGAGGAGCUGUUGAAACAGUUGCAAAACAUUAUCCUGCAGUCCAUAAACGGCUCUCUACCCGAGGAGCUUGUCGUGCAAGCUGCGGCCAUCGUGCGACUGUAUUGUGCGCUGCGUGGCAUUUCCGGAAUUAAAUUUUUCGAUGAAGAAAUUCAGCUGCUGAUGCAAUUGAUCACAUGUAAACCUCCACCAACACCGGCGGGGAUUCGGUUCGUAUCAUUGGGACUUUGUAUGUUUAUCGCGUGUCCCUCGCUCAUAGCCCAUCAAUCUCACGAGGCCAAGAUGAUUGAGUGGAUUCAGUGGUUGAUCAAAGAGGAAGCGUAUUUUGAGAGUGUGAGCGAAGUAUCGGCAUCGUUCGGCGAAAUGCUCCUGUUGAUGGCAAUUCACUUUCACGGAAACCAGCUCACGCACAUCUGCGAGCUAGCAUGCUCGACGUUGGGAAUGAAAUUUUCGCUACGGCCGAACACGAUCACUCGUAUGAAGCUGAUUUUUACGCAAGAAAUCUUUACCGAGCAGGUUGUAGCGGCCCACGCCGUCAAGGUGCCAGUAACGCUGAACCUUAACGCCACCAUUCCUGGCUAUCUGCCGGUGCACUGCAUUCAUCAGCUUUUAAAGUCGCGUGCCUUUUCCAAGCACAAGGUUCCAAUCAAAAGUUGGAUAUAUAGACAAAUUUGCAACUCGGUUACGCCUAUGCAUCCGGUGCUUCCGGCAUUGAUCGAGGUAUACGUUAGCUCAAUUAUCCUGCCUAAUCAGAAGGGUCUGCAGGAACAACACACUCACAAAGCGCUUUCCGAGCAGGAGAUUGCUCAGGUGUUCCAGAAUGCGGCCGGGCUGUGGAACAAGGAUCAGCAGAGCAAAGGAUCUGCACCGAUCAUUGGUGUUGCAGAUCGAAUGAAGAAGGCUGACAAUCUUCAACAGUCCAUGGAAGUGGAUGAUGUGGGGAAUCGCCAAUCAAAUCUUACACCGCAGCUUCUCCUCCUCUACUACCUGUUGCUCUAUGAGGAUGUGCGAUUAAGCAGCAUGCCGCAAAUCAUUGCUAGCGGUCGGCAGGUAAAGAGCUACAGCAACGAGUUUAUGUCGGAGCUUCCCAUCAAGUACCUGCUGCAACAAGCACAGAAAAACCAGCAAGAGUACAGCGCUCUGUUUAGUCCGCUGUUGCGUUUAUUGGUUACCCAUUUUCCGCACCUUUCGCUGGUGGACGACUGGAUAGACGAGGAGUCCAUUCCGAUCAGUGAUAACCUGACAGGUGGACACAUAAGCGAACACAUGAUCGUCGAGGCGUUCGAAGAAAUCGAACUCAAUCCAGCGCGGGUGAUCAAACUGCUGCGUAAGAUGAUGCGUAAAUCGCCGUUAGACUUGUGGCCAUUGGCACCAACGUUUAUCCGGUAUUUUAAGCAUAUACUCAAUGACAAUAUCCCACUGCUGCUGCAGGAACUAUACCGGCAGGUUUGGAUGCGGCUGAACACAAUCUUUCCUCGGCGGUUGUGGGUUAUGUCGAUCAACGCCUUGAUGCCUGCGGAUGAUGUGACGAAAAAUUUCACUCUUACGCAGGAGAACAUUCUGUUAGAUCCGCUGCAAGUGCUACGGUGCGAUGAUCGUGUCUUCCGGUGUUCCAGCGCCCUCACGGUGGUACUCCGCAUCCUGCAGGCCAUUCUGGCGGCUUCGAGAAGCCAACUGUCUCGCCACAUGCUUGAUAAGCCCUUAAUCGACAUAGGGAAUCAGGUGAAAACUGACAACGAUCGAGAGGAACUUAAGCUGGCGCUGAUCGCAUCGCAAGAGAGCGUCGCUGUGCAAAUAUUGUUGGAGGCGUGCCUUGAAAAAGAAGCAGAUCGAACGAAACCGGGACGCCUUUGGGCGCUAAGAGAGGUUCGCGGGGUAAUUUGCUCAUACAUCCAUCAGGUGUUCAUCGCGGAACCGUCACUGGCGAAGCUGGUCCACUUUCAGGGUUAUCCCCGCGAACUGCUCGCGAUAACGGUGCGUGGUAUUCCGUCGAUGCAUAUUUGCCUGGAUUUCAUACCUGAACUGCUGAGUAUGGCAGAAAUGGAGAAGCAAAUCUUCUCCAUCGAUUUGGCAUCCCAUCUUUCGCUACAAUACGCGCUUCCGAAAUCGUUGAGCAUCGCAAAGCUCUGUAUGAAUACGCUCACGACGUUGCUUGGAGUGCUGUCCGGCGAUACUCGUAUCGAGAUGUUCCGCGCCGUGCUGCCCUGUAUUGUGCGCUUUGCGGAGGCGUUUCCGCCACUGCUGGAUGAGUGCAUACUUUUUCUGCUACAGCUUGGCCGGAUAGUACAAUCGCAAGCAGCUCUCGGUCGUUCUACUUCCCUUCCUUCGUUGUUCGUUGGGCAAGAUUGCAAGCUGCGCUCGCAGAGCCGCCGAUUACAGUACGCUGAAAAGUUAGCUGAUGAGGUACGGGAAACGUUCGGGAAGCUUUUGGAUGUGGCCGUUUUGAGCCCCAAAAUAUAUUCUCAUUCGGAAGUGUAGAACAAGCAGCUAACAUUAAAUCGAAUUGCCAUCGUGGGAGUCGACAACGUUCUUAAUUCGUUUCCAGAAGAUCAUUGUAAUAUAGAGAGACAUCGUAGGAUAUUUCUGACUCGCUUCGAACGAUACUAUGUGUAUAAAGCAAAUAACAAAA